CCUAGCAACGGAUAGGCUUUAGAUAUUUAGGAUCAAUGAGCAACAGAAAUCUUAGAAACUGGGUUGAAUUUCUCGGAAAAUUAACACACCUUCAGUUUCUAAUUCAUAGACUGAAGCUGUGAUGGCUACAAACAAUCCGUCCGUGUUUCUCCUCACGGUGAACGGGCAGAUUGAAGGAGCGAAUUUUCCAGAGUACGACAACUUGUACUGCAAAUACUGUUUUGUUUACGGGCACGACUGGGCUCCUACUUCGGGCUUGGAGGAAGGCAUCACUCAAAUAACCUGUAAAGGCAGUCAGUCUUCACACAGAUUAAUAUGGAACUUCCCUCUGGAAACAACGUUUAAGAGCACUAACCCUUCUGGAUGGCCUCAGCUUGUGGUGAGUGUGUACGGUCCAGAUGUGUUUGGCAACGAUGUGGUGAGGGGCUAUGGAGCGACUCACAUCCCCUUUACACCUGGACAACAUACUCGUACCAUCCCCAUGUUUGUACCUGAACCCACAUGGAGACUUCAGAAAUUCACAAGCUGGCUGUUGGGACGGCGGCCUGAGUACACAGACCCUAAAGUAGUAGCCCAGGGUGAAGGGAGAGAAGUGACGCGGGUUCGUUCCCAAGGCUUCGUUACUGUCUCCUUUCAUAUCAUGACCAAAGACAUGAAGAAAUUGGGCUAUGACACAGGACCGUCAAACCUUUCAUGCACUCAGUCAUAUUCGGCCACAUCUGGCUGGUCAACAGAAGAGCAGCUGUAGAAAUCGUAGUUACCUAAAGGACUGUUUACGGGACAAGCAGCUGGUGGGUUUUUCUACUCCUUCUUCCCUCGAGUGUUUGUUCCCCACCAAAAACACAACACUCACUUAAAAUACGAACUAACAUGUUUACUUCCUGCUUUAUAGACUCAGUCACAUACGCACACGCUGUCAUGCUCAAGUGUUUUUAUAGUACAAAUGUGUAGAAUUGAAAUUUACAUUUUAGCAUAUAUUUGUAUUGUCUUAAAUUUUUCUG